UUCCUGGAAACCCAUCGAGAACCUCCACCCUCUGACACCAUGGUCAACUCUUGUUGUGGCUCUGUCUGCUCUGACCAGGGCUGUGGCCUGGAGAACUGCUGCCAUCCCAGCUGCUGCCAGACCACCUGCUGCCGCCCCAGCUGCUGUGUGUCCAGCUGCUGCCGCCCCAGCUGCUGUGUGUCCAGCUGCUGCAGGCCCCAGUGCUGUCAGACAACCUGCUGCAGGACCACCUGCUGCCGCCCCAGCUGCUGUGUGUCCAGCUGCUGCCGCCCCAGCUGCUGUGUGUCCAGCUGCUGCCGCCCCAGCUGCUGUGUGUCCAGCUGCUGCAGGCCCCAGUGCUGUCAGACAACCUGCUGCAGGACCACCUGCUGCCGCCCCAGCUGCUGUGUGUCCACCUGCUGCCGCCCCAGCUGCUGUGUGCCCACGUGCUGCCGCCCCAGCUGCUGUGUGUCCAGCUGCUGCAGGCCCCAGUGCUGUCAGACAACCUGCUGCAGGACCACCUGCUGCCGCCCCAGCUGCUGUGUGUCCAGCUGCUGCCGCCCCAGCUGCUGUGUGUCCAGCUGCUGCCGCCCCAGCUGCUGUGUUUGCUGCCACCCCAACUGCUGCCAGACCACCUGCUCCCGCCCAACCUGCUCUAGUGGUUCAUGCUGCUGCUGCUCUCAUCUGGACUCACCUGAUUCUCAUCAACCAGCAUUCUUGAUAUAGUUCAUCUGUGAGCUGAGUUAUGGGAAGCUAGUUAGAAAACUUCAGUUCCAACUGAUUCUUAGAUUGAAUCUGGCCUCCAAAUAUAUGCCCCCCCCCCCACAUUUUACCUCUGUACCAAAAUGAACAUAAGUUGUAAUUUGUGCUGAAAUCUGUCAACUAUCUUAAUUGAAAUAUUUGCUAUCUGCCAAAAUUGCUCAUAUGCAGCUAUUCCCUUUUAAACAAAUAUUUAUCUAAAUAAAUCUUAAAUAAACU